AUGCGGGUGAGUUUUUGCCAGGGCCUGUUAACUGUUGCCAUUAUCCUGAACCUCCUCAUUCUCUACUAUGUGUCACGGGCCCAGCAACAGAUGAUGGAGAAACGGAGAGACCUUGGCAGGGUCUCCAGGAGGACUGGUCUCCCAGCCCCUGGCCUGGGUCUGGGGGGAGGCCUCGGGGGUCUCAUUGGACCCGUCAGUGGGUUGGUCGGGGCUGGAGUGGUUGGAGUGGAGGGAAACAGCCGUGGACCUCGUGUGACAGUGCUCCUUCGUGAGUUUGAAAACUUUGAGAAUUAUGUGGGUGAUGUGGCACGUUCUUUCCUGCACCAGAAGCCUGAACUUCCCUUCCUGGCUGUGGCUGACACUGUGCCGUACCCUCCGCUGCUUCUUCCAGAGGGGGCUCGGCUUCUGAUGCUUUCUCCCAGCCCCGAUCAGCCACCUCAGGCUCACAGGCCAGAGUUCCACGUCCAGACUGAAUUUGUGCUAUUGGUGCCUGAUGGGGUGGAGCUGGAACAGAGCCGUGCUAUGGAGAGGCUGAUAAGGGAACUGGAAGGUGAAGGAGGGGGCCCUGUAAGGCUGGUGGCCGCACCUGUGCUGACUCGCUCCGUUGUGCAAUGUCUCCAUCUGCGAGUCAGCCUGAGAGAGUGGACAGCCACUUACACACCGGCAGCAUCUGGGAGCAGUGGGAGUGUGUGUACAGCUUUGCAGGGAGAUGCAGUCAUCCUCAUUCGCACCGAGGACCUCUUCAACCUGUCUGUCCCUUUAGGGCGACCUCUCUUCUCCUCACUCUUCAUCCAGACCUCCCUGAGAGGCUGGAAGGUCAAACUACUGGAGAGCCCCUGCUUCUCUGCUCGCCACCGGCCCCUCUUUAGCUCAGCUCACAACCAAUGGAAGGCUGACACUCGCCUAAAAGAAGCUACAGGGAAGCUAAUGAGGAGCUUUGGCCUGAAGCGCCUUCUUCUGCCUGAUGGCAAGGAACAGUGGCAUGGUUGCAGUAAAGAAACACCUCGUUGUUUUGGCACUGUUCGAGAUGACACCCCGGAUUACCUCUAUCUGGAGCGCUGGACCCCACCCUGCUGCCUGCGGGCACUCAGAGAGACCACCAAGUACGUUAUCAAUAUCCUGGAGAGCUCUGGUGUACGCUACUGGUUGGAGGGGGGAACUCUGCUGGGUGCUGCCCGCCACCAGGACAUCAUUCCAUGGGACUACGAUGUGGACUUGGGCAUCUAUCUGGAAGAUGUACCCAACUGCGAUCACCUGAAGAACCUGGACUCGGGCUCUCUGGUGGACGCUAAUGGCUACGUCUGGGAACGGGCGGUGGAAGGAGACUUUUACAGGGUCCAGUACAGUGAGGCCAACCAUCUACAUGUGGAUCUUUGGCCUUUCUAUCCACGCAAUGGCAUCAUGACCAAAGACACAUGGACAGAGCACAAACAAGAUGUAGAGUUCCCAGAGCACUUCUUGCAGCCGCUAGUGCCCAUGCCAUUUGCGGGGAUCACAGCUUACGGCCCCAACAACCACCGCGCCUUCCUGGAGCUCAAGUUUGGAGAAGGGGUGAUAGAGAAUCCUCAGUACCCCAAUCCUGCCAAGAAGAGGCUGGACAGAAGCAAACUAUAAGGAUGGGACUUAUUUGUCUUUUUACAUUUUGUUUUUUUUUUACCUAAUAGUGCAGAAAAACCAGCCUUAGACUGAAAAUCAGCCUAAAAGAAGUAGUUGGGAAUUUAAUUUGGUGCCAAGAUGUUGCCAUUUCCUCCAUGAAUUGAACACAUUAAAUAGUUUAUUUUGCUUCAAAACAACAUUGACACAGCUACCAAUGCC